AUGCUUGGAAUACCCAUUGAAAGAAUUGGACAAACAUAUAAGUUACCAAUAGACCUGGAGAGUCAGGAUGGGCCAGAUUUGAGUUGUCAUUGUGAAAGAUGUGAAUAUAAGAAAGAUAGCGAAGGAAAAGUUUCAACGAAUUUCUAUUAUGGAGUUUUAGUGUUUCCUCUAUGGAUCAUGAAUGUAUUUUUAUACCUCAAGAGUUGGACAUUGGAUGAUCAAUUUGAAUUUAGUCAACAAGUUCAGGAAGAGCAUAGAGAUGAGAUCACAUUAUUACAACCAGAAUCAAUAACUAGUCUAGGUUUGAUAAAUGGGUUCAUUGGAGUGUUAUGGGACUAUUUCUUGAUCUAA